CCGUGUCUGGCCUGUAAAUAAAAAAGAUUACAAGUUAUUAACCAGUGCAUAAAUCACUCCAGCUCCAAACCAACCAAAAACAGAUAUUCAUACCUGCUCCUCCAGGAUUUCCAGCUGCAUUGGCCGAUUGCUGUCCAGUUGCUGGUCCUCCUCCUUGCGCCUGGUUACCUGAAGCACCUUGAUGAGAAGCAUUAUUUGUUGGUUGCGUUGCAUAUGGGUGUUGCUGGUUUGCAAAUUGUUGAAGUUGGAGUUGAUACUGUUGCAUUUGCUCUGGAGUCAACUUUAGGAGAAUUCAUGUGUCAGAUACAAUCUAUAUCACCAAGCCGCCUAACUGAGAACAAAAUGAUGCUAAAUCGCUAUAUUUUACCUGAGACAGUUGUGGAUAGUAUGCAGCGGCAUCAAUUUGCUAUAAAGGGUACUUUUAACAUCAUACUCGGGUUGAACAUCUUCAAUCUGAUUCAUAGUGGUCUAUACCUGUGCGGUGUACUGAGGAAAGCCGGCCUGCGGAUAGUACGCAGCAGCGUAAGUGGUUUGCUGAUCAUAUCCAGGGUUACCUUGUUGUGAUUGUUGUUGCUUUCAAACAGCAUUAGUUAAUCAAAUAAUCAU